UUAGCUAUGAUAAUAAUAGAUAGCCUUCUUGAAGCAAGAGAUACACUUAAUUGGUUAGAUCAAACAUCUUCUCCAACUUCUCUGGCAUUGAAACCUGAAAGAGACAAAGAUAACCCAACACUGGUUCAAGAUAACCAAUUACUAAAUGAAUUUUUUGAAGCAUAUAAGGCAUAUACUUCAUUAUCAGGUCUGAACUUGUGUAGAGAAGAAAUGAAAAAAGCUUUCUUCAAAGGCCUCAAUGAAAAGAUAAAGAAUGAGUUUGGGUAUAAGGAACCCUUGAAACCUUUGAAUAGGUUAUAUAAAAUUAUAAAUAAAAUAAGAAUGCAUAAAAAUGAUUGCGACACAGAAAAGAUCAAAAGGUCCAUUCAUGAUAGUUUUGACAAUAAAGCCUUUUCAUAUGACCUGUAG